AUGGACGAGACGGAGGAGAGCCAGAAGACAGCAUCGGGCGGGGUAGUCCCGCACCUUGCGCAUGAGCUUCCCAUGGACCAGGACCAACGCAGGGCGUAUGCAGAGCAGGCGUGGGAGGUCAUGGCCGUGGUCGACUUUUGUGCCAUGUUCUCGGUGGCGCUGGGGAGGCUGAGGAGGAUCUCGCGGACAGCCUUGGUGGACGACCUGGUGGAUGGGCGUGGGGUGGGGACGGUGGCCUCGAUCCAUGCACGGCUGCUUUCGAUUCUCAUUGAUCAUGCACGGGAGCAUGGCGGGGCGGCCACGGUGGGCACAUUUGGGCCCAAGCCAUCCAAUCCGCCGCCGAAGCUGACCACCGUCACUUCGGGCGUCUCCAUCUGGGACUGGCCGUACAAGCUGAGGGACUACCUCGAGGGGUACCCGCUCCCGCUGGCGCUCUGCCGGGUCAAUCCACUGGAGGACGUGCUGUACCGCGACCUCUCGCUGCCGUUCCAGAUCCUGCUGAUGUACGAACUUGUGGAGCGAGUGCUCCACGCCACCGACGCCAUCCGCGGCACGCUUGUGGGCAUCACCGACUACGAUCCAACGGCGUAUCGGACUCUGAGCAUGGGCUCGGAUGCGGCCGGGCGGCACUACUACUACUUUGGGCAUGCCGACCGGCUCUCACUCUACCGAUCGCGGCAGCCUGCCGAGGUGGAGGCCUCGGUUGCUGACGCGCAGGCCGAGACCUUUGAGGGCAUCGAGACCGGGACGGGCGAGACGGUGACAGCGCUCGCACCAUCGUCGCACAAAAAGGCCCAGCGGGUUCUCCGCGACGUGCUCACACCCGAGGCCUCGGACUUGCCGGCGCACAUGCACCACCCGCUGGCAUCGACGCCUGCGGCCGAUGGCCAACUUGGCGCCAUGGAGCUGGUGGCGUCGAACCACACCGAGUGGCUGGCUGUCUUGGAGGCGCUAGAGGGCUCGCGGAAGAAGGCUGAGCGUGAGCUCGGCGCCGACCUUCGGGUGCUUGUCUUUGACGAGAUCGAAGAGCGGCUGGAGGAUGCCGAGUCGCGGGCGGCAGCGGCGGCGGCGCGGGCGGCGGUGGCGGCCGAAGCUGCGGCGGCAGCUGAGGCCGCUGGGCUGAGCGGGCGCCUGCCAGCGCGGGCGGCACGGGCGCGGGCGACGUUUGGGCGGAGCUCGGCAAGCAAGGACGACGACAGCGACAUCGACGCCAAGCUGCAGGCUGCAUGGGAGCAAGACCAGGAGCGGCGCCAGCGAAUUCGCGCGGCAGCUGAGGCCGAGGCGCGGCAUGCGGCCGAGGCCGCGGCUCGUGCGGCGGCCGAGGCGGCCGAGGCGCGGGCGCGGGCCGAGGCGCAACGUGCGGCCGAGGCGCAGCGGCGCGAGGCCGCGCGCGAGCGGCGGCGCAACAUGGACGCGCUGCGCGCCAUGCACAAGGCCAAACUGAUGUGCUUUAAGCGAGUGUUCAACAGCGAGUACAUGAGCGCACGGCGGUCGUCGUCGUAUCGCCGCUCGCGGACGCGACUGGAGGAAGAUACGCUGCGGGCGAUGCGCGAGUCGCUCAACCUCGCCGGCGUCGCGCCGCCGCUCCCGCCGGUUGUCCGGGUUGUGCCGACCGAGUCUGCAGUCAAGCUCAUCAAGCCGUACAAGCGGCACGCCGACGGCACGCCAGUCCUCCCGGCGACCGUCGGCAAGUACACAGUGCUCUCGCUGGGUACGGUGGUCACGGAUCGGCCGGGCUUCCACGCCGCCAACUACAUCUGGCCGGUCGGAUACAAGACGGCGCGGACGUACUGGACGACUGUCGACAAGGGUGACCCGUCGGAAAAGGUGCUGUACUACUCGGAGGUACUUGACGGUGGCGACGCGCCGCUGUUCCGGGUCUCGUCGUCCGUCGACACCACAAUGGUGGCGACCGAGACGUCGGCGACGGCCGCAUGGUCGGCCGUCGUCGCCCGCGCCAACAAGCUCCGCCCAUCGUCGACCAAGCGGCAGACCAACUCAAUUUCUGGACCGGGCUUCUUUGGCUUUACCGUCCCGACCAUUGUGCACAUGCUGCAGAACAUGCCCGGCGCCGAGGCGUGCUCGGCGUACUCGGCCACCCGGGUGGCGGUCAAAGGCGAGGCCGGCGAUCCGGCGGUUACUGCAGCGGCCAAGGCCAAGGCCGAGGCCGAGGCGCUUGCCGUGGCGGCUGCACGGCGGCAGACCGAGGCUGCUCAGGCGGCAGCGCGCGGCGGCGCGCGGGGCGAGGGUGAAGUAGCGGAAGCAGCAGGAGGCGCCGAGGCCGUGGUCAAGGCUGAGGCAGCACCUCUUGCGCCGCAGCCGCGCAAGCAUGCGUACGCCAUGCUCGAGCUUGUUCAGAUGCCCGAGGACGUGUUUGAGGUGGCGAUGACCCAGGAGACGGCGCUUGUGCUGGGCAUGCACGACUUUGAGUCGUGGGUCUUUGAGUACGUCGACACGGUCAAGGUGAUGCAGAACCUGGACAUUCCGCUCACCCUCAUUGGAGUCUCGUCGCGGACACGGCGGAUGGUGGCAGACUCGGUAGCCCGCAUUGAGCGGCUGCUGCUCUCGGCACCCGUCGCCACGCCGUCGCCGUCACGCAAGCGCAAGCGCUCCGCCACAUCAACACCCAGCCGUGGCUCGUCGUCGCGGAGGCUCUCAGCCAAGGACGACGUCGAGAUCUCCAUUGCCGAGGCCCAGUCGCGGUUCCCGGACUUUGAUGCGGCCUCGCUCGAGCCUGGCGCGCGCACCUUCAUCGACGGCCGCGGUGAGCUCAAGAUCAAGCGGAAGCGCGGCCGCAAGCCGCGCUCGUAUGCCUCGGGCCCGUCUGCGCCAGCCAGUUCUGCGCCGGCCGCAUCUGAGCCGGUUGUCACCAGUGUGAACGGCACUAGUGGCAACGACGCCAGUGCAAGCGGUACCAGUCCCAUGGAGGUGGUGCCUACCGCGCCAGUUGGUCAGCCCAGCCAUUGAAGCACCAUCAUCGACA